AUGCUUUCUCAACUCGGAAUCACAGGGCUAGCAUCCCUUGCCCUCGCAGCCGUCAAUGCCCAGGAUGCGUACGACUAUGUUAUCGUGGGCGGAGGAACAUCCGGCCUUGUCGUCGCCAAUCGCCUUUCCGAAGAUCCCGCCGUAUCCGUAGCGGUCAUCGAGCCUGGCAGCGACACGCGCGGCAUCCCGAGCGUCGAGGAUAUUGGGACCUUUGGCAUCUUCCUCCAAAACCUUGGCACAUACCUCGAUUGGUCUUAUGAGUCUGUGCCACAGCCGGGAGCAGCGAACCGGUCUCUUGGGUUUGCUGCAGGCAAGGCGGUCGGGGGAACCAGCACUAUCAACGGCAUGACUUAUAUCCGCGGCGACAAGGCCGAGAUCGAUGUCUGGGAAACUCUUGGCAGUGUGGGCUGGAAUUGGGAGUCACUGCUCCCUUACUACAAAAGCUACGAGCACUUUGACGCACCCACGAAAGCGCAGGAAGAAGCAGGCGGCGUGUAUGAGCCCGAAUACCACGGCGAGAGUGGCCCCAUGCACGUCGGCUUUCCGUAUGAGCUCACCAACGGAUCCCUCCACCAGACCAUCCAGGACACUUGGGAGAACCUUUCAUUACCUUUGAACACGGACCUCUCGAGCGGAAGUGUUCGAGGAUUCGGUGUCUGGCCUCAGACGAUCAACCGCGAUGCUGAUAUCAGAUGGGACGCGGCGAAAGCGUUCUACUGGGGUGUGCAGAACAGACCGAAUCUCAAGCUGAUCAACAGUACGGCAACAAAGAUCGUCUGGAAGGGCGGGGCGGGCAACGGUGCUGUCGCCGAGGGUGUGGAGCAUGUUGGCCAGGACGGAACCGCGGCGGUCAUCCGUGCAAGCAAGGAAGUGAUCCUCUCCGCCGGCUCCCUGGUCUCUCCGCUCCUGCUUGAGGCGUCGGGUGUCGGCAAUGCCAAACUCCUCGAAAGUCUGGGUAUCACUCAAGUAGUGGACUUACCCGGAGUCGGAGAAAACCUCCAGGACCAGCCAAAUGCAUCUCUCUUGUAUGAAGGUGCCGAGAAUGUUACCGGAAUGGUCCCAUAUGUCACCUAUGUGACAGGCCAGGACAUCUUCGGAGACAAGUUCUCGUUUCAUGCAUCUUCCACAGAGUCUCAGAUAUCGGCGUGGGCCAAGACUAUUGCAGAUGCGUCUGCCAAUCAGUCAGUAUCCGUGGAUGCGGAAGCUGUUGAAAAGGUGCUCCGUAUUCAACAUGACCUCAUCUUCAAGAAGAAUGUUACGUAUGGAGAGAUCUUGAUCAGCGGUGGAGGCACUAUCCUUGCGUCUCCGCACUGGAACCUGCUACCGUUUUCAAGAGGAAGCGUUCAUCUUGGCAGUACCAAGAAUGUCAACAAGCCCGUCAUCGACCCUCGCUUUUUUCUCAUCGACUUUGACUUGACCGCACAGAUUGAGAUCGCCAAACUUGCGCAAAAGUCGUGGAUGACAAGUCCCGUCAAGGAAAUAGUUGUCAAACGAACAGCACCCAACGAUACAGUAUUACCCCCAGAAGCCACAGAUGAGCAGUGGAAGGCAUUUACUCAGACCACCUUUGGCCCGAACUCACACCCGCUUGGUACUGCAGCAAUGAUGUCUCAGGAGCUCGGGGGAGUAGUCGAUUCAAAGCUCAAAGUGUACGGGACAAAGAAUCUGCGAGUAGUUGAUGCUUCCGUCAUCCCUCUACAAGUCAGCGGGCACCUUACAUCAACUCUUUAUGCCAUUGCGGAGCGAGCAGCGGAAUUAAUCAACAAAAGAAGCACGAACAAACAAGCCACCAUGAGACUCAUACCGACCUUUUCCACCGUGCUAGCCCUGCUGGCAGCUGUUCCAGGCCCUGCACAGGCGGCAACCUGGUACUUCCUGCGAUACUAUACCAAGUCCGGACAAAAGUUCACCGGCCUAACUGGUGAAAUGAUCGUCCCGAGUUUGCCGAGGGCCGGCGUGUACUACCUGUGGCCCGGCCUGCAGCCUACCGACAACAGCGGCGUGUACCAAAACGUGCUGGACGGCCGCAGCGGCACGUGGUGGUUCGGCAGCGGUUGGUGCUGUGAGAACCCCAGCCUCCCCUGGGGUAGUGGGUUCAAUGCCUACCAAGGGGAGACGCUAAAGUUCGAAAACGUCUUGGACGGGGAUCAGUGGCGGACGACAACAGUCCAUGAGAGCACGGGGACGAGCAAAACUGACAGGUUUCCACUAGCUGGCAAAUCUUUUAACCAGGUCCUUUUUGCUAUUGAGCUGAGUGGCCCGAAGUGGGACUUUGGCCCUCUGGAAUUUCGCAAUAUUGUCAUUGUCAGUUGUUCAUUCCUCCUUCUCUCUUAUCAUCAGCUCACAAAGCGGCAGACUGCAACCGGGACAGAUGCGAGCUGGUGUAAUGCAUCGCCUGAGAAUUACAACAAAGCCACAGUAGCUAGCAUUUCCAGUGUUAGCGCCAGUGUGAGCGGCAAUACGGUGACGUGCCGUAUCGGAAGAAUUGUGCUUCAACGUCCUGCUUAG